CCACACAUUUGAGACUUCUACCUGACUUCAUUCUUUGUCUCAAGAAAUUUUAUUUUGUGAUUUUAGCACUGUUCGAGACCCAUGUCACUUCUUGGCAUAUUAGUUUAAGAGUCUUUCUCUGGGAUGUGGACAUUGCUCCUUAGCUGUCCUAACAAACAUCGAAUUAUUAUUAUUCGGGUAGACUUCGGAAACAUCUCAACACCCAGAUUUCCAUUUCUUUGAAGAUGGGUCGGGAGUGCAUCUCACUUCAAAUUGGGCAAGCUGGUUGCCAGAUGGGGAACCAGCUUUGGGAAUUGUACUUACUGGAACACGGUAUCGGAAAUGACGGAGUUCUAUCUCCGUCCAUAAAAAAGGCUAACCAACGAACAUAUGAAAAUGCGUACGAUACGAUCUUUAAUGAAACGGAAAGUGGACAACUUGUUCCCAGGACCGUGAUCGUGGACCUCGAGCCAACUGUUACUGAUGAGAUAAGAAAUGGCCCUUAUCGCUCCCUCUUCCACCCAAGUCAAAUAGUUAGCGGUAAGGAGGAUGCUUCAAACUGUUACGCCAGAGGAUUUUACACGUUGGGUAGAGAGCUCCUGGAAGAGACAAUGGAAAAUGUGCGGAGACAAGUAGAGGCUUGUGAAACAGUCCAGUCUUUCUUUGUAUUUCACUCAUUUGGUGGAGGAACGGGAUCUGGGUUUACUUCACUCCUAUGUGAUAACAUUGCUGAAGAGUUUACCUCAAAAACAAGGCUGGCUUGUGCAAUUUAUCCUUCUCCAACGAUCUCCACAGCAAUAGUGGAACCGUAUAAUGCUGUCCUUCUAACUCACACAAGCAUGGAAAACAUGGACGUCGUCUUCCUCAUGGACAAUCAAGCGAUGUACAAUCUGUGUCGAUCCAGGCUAAAUAUCGAACGACCCUAUUACUCAAACAUUAACAGAUUGGUAUCCCAAGUUGCCAGCGCAAUCACGUGUUCCCUACGAUUUAGCGGCUCCCUAAAUGUGGACCUAAGCGAGUUUCAGACCAACCUGGUCCCGUACCCUAGGAUCCAUUUCCCUGUCACUGCUCUAGGUCCUAUUAGAAGCCCUGAACAGGCCUAUCAUGAGAACACCUCAGUUGGACAGAUAACAGAGCAGGCGUUCUCAAAAGAAAACCUAUUUUUAACAUGUGAUCCUACUCACGGCUCUUACAUGGCAUGUGGACUCCUUUACCGCGGGGACGUGAUCCCAAAAGACGUCAACACGGCUAUCGCCAACAUCAAACAGAAAAGAGCUGUUCAGUUUGUUUCGUGGUGUCCAACUGGAUUCAAAGUUGGGAUCAACCAUAGGUUACCCGUGUUCCCUGCCGACAGCGAUCUCGCUAUCACUAAUAGAUCUGUGAGCGUUCUGUCUAAUAAUACCUGUAUUGGAGACGUCUGGCAGGUCUUGAAUAGGAAGUUCGAUCUGUUGUUCAGAAAACGGGCAUUUGUCCACUGGUAUGUGAACGACUGCAUGGAAGAGGGCGAGUUUUCCGAGGCUAGAGAAAAUCUGGAAGCACUGGAAGAAGAUUAUCGAAGUGCCUUCGAUGUAGAAGAGGAUCAGGAAGUAGAGUUUUAGUCGCCAGGUCUGGAUCUGGAUAUACAGCUGUGAUUUAAUAACUUCAAUCAACCAUUUUAUAUGUUCUCUUUUAUCUUUA